UUGGGUUUGAGGGUAAACCAGUGUGAGAAGUGUACAAAAUAUACGAGCAGCAGAAGACCGGCUUCGGAGGAGAGGAUCGGCACGAAUAUCGGUUCUUCCCUUCCUUGUGGCGAAAUAAACCGGUUCAGUUACCAUCAUUUGACCGCUGAAACCGGAUCCACUCAAAUCCAACCCAACCGGAGCACUACUUCUGUAUACCCUAACCGGUCCAUCUCCACGGUUCUCUUCUCUCUCACACGAACUCGGUUCUUCUCUCCCACUCAUAAAUCGAUCCAAUAAACCGGCUAUUUUACACUAACUGGGUUGUUCUAUGGAUUCAAAUCUUGAACCGGUGCCAAUUACUUCACAAAAACAUGACCCAGCUUGGAAGCAUUGUCAGUUGUUUAAGAAUGGGGAGAAAGUGCAACUCAAGUGUAUAUAUUGUCUUAAGAUGUUCAAAGGUGGUGGGAUUCAUAGGUUUAAGGAACACCUUGCUUGUCAGAAAGGGAAUGCUUCAAUGUGCAGCAGUGUCCCUGCUGAUGUUAGGAUUCAUAUGCAACAGAGUUUGGAUGGGGUUGUGGUGAAAAAGAGGAAGAGACAGAAAAUUGAGGAAGAGAUUAUGAAUGUUAAUCCUUUAGCUACUGUUUUGAAUGGUGCUUCUAAUCAAAUGGAUGUGAAUCAUAUGGUGCAGCAGCCUAUUGGAGUUCUUGAUUCAGUGGAACAAAAUUCAUGUCACAUGUUACAGUCUCCGGGUGAUGGAAUGAGUAAAAGUGUAGAGAGAAGGAAGAAGAUUAGAGCUACUAAGAAUCCUGCAGUAGUGGUUUAUUCAAACUCUGAGGCUGAGACUGUUGUUGCCGCUGUGGAGAAGAAUGCGUUGUUUCCGAAAAAGGUGGACAAUCAUAUUCAUAUGGCUAUAGGAAGGUUUUUGUAUGAUAUCGGUGCGCCUCUUGAUGCUGUGAACUCGAUAUAUUUUGAGCAAAUGGUUGAAGCAAUUGCUUCCGGGGGGUCGGGUUUUCAACGUCCCUCACAUCAUGAGCUUCGUGGCUGGGUCCUGAAAAACUCUGUGGAAGAUGUGAAGAAUGAUAUUGAUAGAUGCAAGAUGACAUGGGGGAGGACUGGCUGUUCCAUUUUGGUUGAUCAAUGGACUACAGAAGCUGGUAGAAUACUUAUAAGUUUUUUGGCUUAUUGUUCUGAAGGUAUAGUCUUUCUGAAAUCCUUGGAUGCGACUGAGAUAUCGACAUCGGCGGAGUUUUUAUACGAGUUGAUAAAACAAGUAGUGGAAGAAGUUGGGGUCGCGCAAGUUGUGCAAGUGAUUACAUCGGGAGAAGAACAGUAUGCUGUUGCCGGAAAAAGGCUAACCGAUGCUUUUCCUAACAUUUAUUGGAGUCCUUCUGCAGCUCAUUGCAUCGAUUUGAUACUUGAAGAUUUCGGAAAUCUUGAGUGGAUUAGUGCGGUAAUUGAACAAGCUAAAUCUGUCACGAGAUUUGUCUACAAUUACAGCGCAAUUUUGAAUAUGGUUAGAAGGUAUACUUUGGGGAAUGAUAUUGUGGAUCCCUCGUCCUCGCGUUUCACGACAAACUUCACCACAUUGAAACGAAUGGUUGAUCUUAGACACAAUUUACAGGCCAUGGUUACUUCUCAGGAAUGGAUGGAUUGCCCAUAUUCAAAGAAAACAGCAGGCUUGGAAAUGUUGGAUAUUCUAAGCAAUCAAACAUUUUGGUCGUCGUGUGAAAUGAUUGUCCGUCUGACACUUCCACUCUUGAGAGUUCUGAGAAUAGCUUCGAGUGAGAUGAGACCUGCAAUGGGAUACACUUACGCUGGCAUGUACCGAGCAAAAGAAGCCAUUAAAAAAGCGCUUCUCAAGAGGGAGGAUUAUAUGGUGUACUGGAAUAUUAUACAUCAAAGAUGGGAUAGGCUUUGGCAUCAUCCUCUUCAAGCCGCAGGCUUCUUUCUUAAUCCGAAAUUCUUCUAUAGCAUUCAAGGGGAUAUACACAGCGAGAUUCUCUCCGGGAUGUUCGACUGCAUAGAGAGAUUGGUACCUGAUACACGAGUCCAAGAUAAAAUUAUCAAAGAGUUAAACUUGUAUAAGUCGGCCGCAGGAGACUUUGGGAGAAAGAUGGCAAUCAGAGCUAGAGAUAAUCUGCUUCCUUCUGAAUGGUGGUCAACAUAUGGAGGAGGCUGUCCUAACUUGUCACGCUUAGCAAUUCGCAUUCUUAGCCAAACAUCAAGUGUGAUAUUCUGCAAGAGAAACCAAAUUCCUUUUGAACAAAUAAUCAAUACAAGGAAUUAUAUAGAGCGCCAACAUCUUACUGAUCUCGUCUUUGUUCAAUACAACUUACGAUUGAGACAAAUGUUUAUGAAUAAAGAACAAGAAUCUAGUGACCCCUUGUCAUUCGAUAACAUGUCUAAUGUCGAAGACUGGAUCAGGCCACGGGAGUUAUACUUAGAAGAGUACGGGAACUCCGAUUGGAUGACACUCGAUUCGUCCUCCAUUAACACAAUGCUUUUAAGGCCUUUAAAUGAUGAACCUGAAGAAAUUUGUGAAGGGUUUGAUGAUCAUGAGAUUUUCAUUAGUCAGAAAGACGAUGAGAAUGUGAAUCCUGGAGACUCGUUCGAAAACCAUUAGCGAACGAUGAAAAGAACCAUGCUUGAUUGCUGGUAUGAAAACUAAUCUUAAAAUUAGAGGGAAAGUAGGGAGGAGUUUACUGGACAGGUGAAAGGAAAUAAGUUGUUGAUGUAUCAGUUGGUAUAUGAUUGGCAAUGUUCUUGUACAGUAGUUGAUUGUUUUGUAGUAUUUCUUACACUAGAGUUUACAACUUUGGGAAAAUAGAGAACCUCCUAAUUUUCAUUUUUGAUCGAAUUAAUGUAGGUUCCACCAUUUUGAACAUGGAUAAUAAGAUAAAAUGGUGGAAUCUGUAUAAAUUUUAUUUAAUACAAAUGUAGAAAGAAUAUUAUUCUUA